UUGUGUUGAAAAACCAAAGAAAAAGUAAAUUUUAUUGGCAAAUUUGCAAGUUCUUGGCUAGAACUAGAAUUUAUCACAGAAAUCUUAAAUCUAGCAAGUUGAAAUCAUUGUAAAACUUCAAAAUGAAUAGUUUGGGUGAUGAUUGUAAUGAAUUGAAGCGAAAAUAUGAUGAAUGUUUCAAUUUAUGGUUCUCUGAAAGAUUUCUAAAAGGUGACAAUGAUGAUAGCAUGUGUGCUCCCAUAUUCAAGGUCUAUCAGGAAUGUGUAAAAAAAGCCAUGCAAGAACAAAAAAUAGAAUUGCGUGAAAUAGAGGCGGACUACUCGACUGGUGCCGAAUACAAUAGCAAACCUGAACAGAGCAAAAGCUGACCCAUACUUAAUAGCGAUUAUGCCUCCUGGGAUUUUAACCAAAACGACCAAAUGCCUUCUACUUCACGCGGUGCUUCUAGUGGAGGCAGUAGUGGUGGACGUGGUUUUAUGACCCAUAAAAGAGGCACUUCUAUAUAAGUUUUAAAAGUUUGUUUUUCUAUUGUUUCCAAUUGUUAAAUGCAGUUUAUCUUUUUUGCUAUUUAAUAAUUUUAUUAUCUCUAUUAUGUACAAAAGAAACAAAACAAUGUUAUGGCAUCAAUUUUAUUAUUUAUUUGUAAUCCAAAGUUCAAUUUUAGUAGAUCUAAUAUUCCAUUAAAUGCAAGAUCUAUUGAAAUUUUUUAAGAAUAAAAGAUAAGAUAUAUAUUUGAUGUUUAAAUGUAA